UCGUUGUGUCGCUUAGUUGCGGAUCUUCCAGCGUUGCGAGCAGAGCCAACCCAGCCAGAUCCGAGCCGAAAACAGAUCAUGUGGUGGAGCCGUAAGUUAGCCUCAAGGUGUCUCCGCCUGAAUCGGGCCAAGAGCACCAGUACCUCCAAGGAACCGGAGCAGACCUUGGGCAUCAUUGGAGUGCCAUUCGCCAAGGGACAGGGCAAACAGGGUGUGGAACUGGCGCCGGAUCUCCUCCGGCAGAGCAGUCUGCGUCAGGUGCUGCAGAGCAGUCAUGAUGGCUUGGUAAUACGGGACUACGGAAAUCUGCAGUACGCCGUGGACGAGCCCCUUCUUCAGCAGCAGCGGGUGCACUACCACCACAUCCGGAACUACGCGGACUUCAUGGCCUGCAAUCGGGCCCUGAUCGAGCAGGUGAAGCUAAUGCUCGCGGAGAACUCGCAGUUCCUGGCCAUUGGCGGCGACCAUGCGAUCGGUUUUGGAUCGGUGGCCGGACACCUGCAGCACACGCCGAAUCUGUCGCUGGUGUGGAUCGACGCACAUGCGGACAUCAAUCUGCACAGCACCUCGCAGUCGGGCAACAUCCAUGGGAUGCCCGUGUCCUUUCUGCUGGAGCAGCUCCGGACCACCUGGCAGCACGCCGGCCUCCAGGAUAUCGCGCCCAACUGUUUGCCCAAGGAUCAGUUGGUUUACAUCGGACUCCGGGACAUUGACCCCUACGAGGCGUUUAUACUGAACAAAGUCGGGAUACGCUACUAUGCGAUGGAUACCAUCGACCGCGUGGGCGUGCCCAAGAUCAUCGAGAUGACGCUGGACGCACUGAAUCCGCAGAAUAAGAUCCAUGUGAGCUUCGACAUCGACGCCCUGGACAGCAAUGUGGCGCCCAGUACGGGCACUGCCGUGCGAGGAGGCCUCACACUCCGCGAGGGCAUCAGCAUCGUGGAGGCACUAAGGGACACCAAGCGGGUGCAGGGGGUCGAUCUGGUGGAGAUCAACCCGAAGCUGGGCAGCGAGCGCGACGUGCGAACCACCGUGGAGUCCGGCCUGGAGAUCCUGAAGAGCAUGUUCGGCUACCGACGCUCCGGCCACUGGAGCAACAUCGACACCGGCAUCCUGGGCAGCGAUUAAAGAACACAACACCGCCAGCUUGAACUUAUCAAUAUUUAUGUACAACAUUUUUUCCAUAUUUGUAUGUGCCUUUUUUUUUUUCGUACCUUAAUGAAAGAAUACAAAAAUUAGUUUAAAGUGA